AUUUAAUCAUAUUGAUUUUAUUCAUAUAUCCAUCAGCUGAUAUCUAAAGGCAUCAUUUACCCUUAAAUGUCCAAUAUAGCUGCAGCAAAAUCUAAACUUAUAGCUAUUAUAGGAGAUGAAGAUACUUGUGUAGGAUUCUUAUUAGGUGGUAUUGGUGAAAUAAACAAGAGUCGUCAGACCAAUUUUUUGGUUGUAAAUAAAAAUACAGCAAUAUCUGAAUUGGAAGAAAAUUUUAAAUCAUUUACAGCUCGUGAGGAUAUAGCUAUUAUAUUAAUUAGUCAAAAUAUUGCAGAAAUGAUUAGGCAUUUACUUGAUAAGUAUGAUAAGAUCAUCCCUGUUGUUCUAGAAAUACCAUCAAAAGAUAUUCCAUAUGAUCCAAACAAAGAUUCAAUUUUAAAAAGGGCAAGAGGCUUUUUAGGAGGAGAAAAAUAACAAACCCAUUAAACUAUAUAAAAUAUAUAUGUAUGUAUUUUUUUUAAAUUAUAUAAAGUAUAUAUACAAUUUAAAAUUAUAAAUAUAAUGUAUAUAUUUAAAUAUGUAUAUAAAAU